GAUCAGACGUCACUCGCAGAACUUUCCGCUGCGCUCUCUUCCUGUGUUACCGCCCUGGGGCUCAGUGAGAGGAAUCAAGCGCUGGACGAGUCGCUUUCUCUGGGAACUCUGGUCUCGUUUGGACAUUCAUUGGCUCUGUCCCGUUGGCCUCAGGUAGCCUCUCCUCGUUCCGGAGCAGCGAGCCCAGGAAGAAACAGCGUGGCUGCGGUCUGCUGCUCAGGGUUGACUUAGCAAGCUAUAGCGGGCACCAUGGCGUUGUCGUACAAGAAGGACCUGGAGAAGUACAAGGAUAUCGACGAGGAUGAAAUCCUCAACAAACUGUCGGCGGAGGAGCUCAAACAGCUGGAGACGGCCCUCGAGGAGAUGGAUCCUGAGAAUGCCCUUCUCCCAGCCGGUUUACGUCAGAAGGACCAAACCCUCAAGAACGAUACGGGAGCCUUCAACCGGGAUCGUCUGCUCAAAUACCUGGAGAAGGAAGCCAUGGACUACAAGGACCGAGAGGACAUAGUUCCCUUUACUGGGGAGAGAAAAGGUAAAGCAUUUGUUCCUAAGCAGAAACCAAUAGAAACGCGCCAGGAAGAUGUCACAACACUCGACCCAGAAUUAGAGGAAGCCCUGUCCAGCGCCACAGACACAGAACUGUGUGAUCUAGCAGCGAUCCUGGGUGUUCACACGCUGGUCACCAGUAGUCAGACCUACGAUGGGACUAAAGAAGGCUACAACAAUGUGAUCAAAGGGGAGAAGAUGAAUCCAGUGUUUGACGAGCCCCCGAAUCCCACUAAUGUAGAAGAAACCCUUCAGAGGAUAAAAAGCAACGACAGCUCCUUAACAGAGAUCAACCUCAACAACAUCAAGAACAUUCCCAUUCCCACCCUGAAAGACCUCGCCAAAGCCAUGGAGAAGAACACGCAUGUCAAGAAAUUCAGCCUGGCGGCAACACGGAGUAACGACCCGAUUGCUGUGGCGUUCAGUGACAUGCUGCGGGAAAACAAAACAUUGCGAAGUUUAAACCUGGAGACCAACUUUAUCACCGGGGUAGGGGUGCAAGCUCUGGUUGAUGCACUGCGAGACAAUGACACACUCACGGAGAUCAAGAUAGACAACCAGAGGCAGCAGCUGGGCACUACUGUAGAGAUGGAGAUCGCUAAAAUGUUGGAAGAGAACAACAGCAUAGUGAAGUUCGGUUACCACUUCAACCAGCAAGGACCUCGCUCCAGAGCUGCCGCAGCUAUCACCAAGAACAACGACCUGGUCCGCAAGAAGCGAGUGGAAGGCGACCUGUAGGAGCGGAGCCCGACCUGCCUCCCAGCCAAUCCUGUAUUUUCAUCUCACCAUGUGGAAUAAUUUCAGCCAAUGCCCUGGUCUCAUCUCACUGUGUGGAAACUUUUAGUCUUGUGCCAAACCGUGGGGCAAGGCGCGCGCAACCAGAACAUACAUCUGAGAAGAAGGGAAAUAACUGGAAUUGCCCUCUCCCAUACGCUUGUUCAUACUUUUUGUUUAUUAUUAUUAUGUUGUCAUAUCGAAGGUGUAAAUCUGAUUUAGUUUUUAGUCAUUUCAUUUCAGCUGCUCCUUAUUUUUUUUUAGCCUUUAUAUGAUCUGUCCAGACUUUUUACUUGCUCCUUUCCUUUUAUACUACGCUAUAAUCAUGUGAAGUAAACAUGAACAUUAUCAAGUAAAAGAAACAACAAUAACAUGUUUGACUAACAUUGUCAAAAGCCCUGUGUCCUCUACCAUGAUGGGUUUCUGUUGAGGCUUCAGAUUCCAGUGGAACUCCUGUAUUGAUCCAGCAGUUUGUCAGUAGAACGAUGGGAAUUGCUCAGAGUCCAUGACUACUACCGUGUGUGACUGUGCUGCCGUCAGUUACUGUACCAUAUAGUAAUGAUCCAGUAAUGAUUACAUCACUUUUCUUGAGCAGUGCGGUUUGCAGGUGUCGUUUGUUGGAGUCACCCUGUUGGGCUGGUGUGUGUGUGAAACAGUUUGUGUGUGCAAGAACUUCCUCAGUUGUUGCUGUUGUCAGCCGAUGAGAGGACGCUUGCUUGGAAGUCUGAUAAACACAACAUAGUGUUGGCUCAUCCCCUCAUAUAAUACUGUAAGUAUCGGUGAAUAAUGUUUUCUUUUGUAUUACUCCUUUAGUUUUACUCUCACUGAAGAUCUUGUGUUGAUACGAUUUCAGACUCUGAUGUUGGUUAUUUUCCGACCCCUUAUAUCUCUUAACAGGAAAUUAUAGGAAGGCUUGGUAUUUCUGUAAAAUACAACGGGAUGUUAACUCUAUUUAGGCCGAUGUAAUAAAUGCCUGCUCAACACGCUGGGUAUCUCAGAUGCCCAACAAUGCCAAAGACUAACAAAUGCAGUGCUCAAAAUAUCAAAAGGUCUCGGUGGUUAUUGGUUCAGGCUUUGGCUCUGUCAGCUGCAGUCACUUCUACACAGUACAAACCUGGGCAAGAGUCUUGUGGGUCAUUUAUUAAAAGAAAUUUCAGCUACUAUUUCAGUGAGAUGUGAGUAACAGUUGGCUUAACGGUUAGUGUCAAACCUCAGUUGUACUUCUAGGGUGCGACUACUCGAGAAACGUUUCGAUGGACCCCCCCCCCCCCCCCCCCCCCCCCCCCCCGAAACUUGUGUACAGAUCGUAAAAUUUACGAAAUUUUACGAUCCUCCCUCACGAAAACACUUUGACUUGUCGUCCAGCAGCGUCUGAGCAGUGGCGUGUUAAUCAUUAUGUGACAGGUGACAACAUGCCAUGUGUGCCUCAAACGGAACCUCCUUAGGUACACAAGCCUGCUUCGAGAUGGGGAUAACCGGACUAAAUCAGAAAUUACUUGAAACUUUGUAAAUACGCAUUAUGUGUAAUAGGAACAGUAGUCUGGCAUGACGUCACCACUUAUGAACAACCUUUUUUUCUCUCGACCAAACAUCCUCACAUUCCUGUGACGAGAGUCCUGUGUUUUAUAUCUGUACUUCUUCCACGAUCAUAUCUGCUGGUGUUUCUUCCCUGACCUUUUUGUUUUAACAUGACCGUGCUUUGCUGGUGGACAGUCGAAAAACCGCUUCUUCGCUUGGACCUGUUGAUGAUAAUAAUCUGUGAUUCUAUAUUAUGUAUGUACAUUAAUUAUAAAAUGCCAUCUCAAACUCGCACAUGCGCACACUUUCAUGUGUGUACCACAUAAAUCUAUACAACUCACUGCUGAGAUUUCUUUUGUACCUGUAAACCUGGGUGUAAGACUCAACAUACGGAAUAUGUACUAUAAUAAAACCACAAGACUGGUAAAAUGCACUGCUGAAUAUAAGACAUCCUCAACAAUAAAUGUUUUUACAUAC